AUGAAAUCAUAUGCAGAAUUAAGAAAGCAAAGUACUACACCAUUAUAUUCGACUGCACCCCCUGAUGUUUCAAGAAAAGAACAAAUGAGUCAGAUGAUAAGAUAUGUCCAUGUUGACUGUAAUGGAAAGUUAAUGAUUGAAGAAAGCUUCAUCAACUUUAUUCAGUCACAUGAAAAAACAGGAGAAGGUUUAUCAACUGAAAUUUUAAAUAAACUAGAAGUUGAUAAAUUGGAUAUUCAGGAUUGCAGGGGGCAAGGAUUUGACAAUGGUGCCAAUAUGGCUGGCAAAUAUAAAGGAGUAAGUGCACGUAUUUUGGAAAUUAAUAAUUUAGCAAUAUUUGUACCUUGUGCAGCUCAUAAUCUAAAUUUAGCUGGUGUCCACGCUGCAUCUACAACUCCAGGAAUGAUUACUUUUUUUAGUACUGUGCAGAGAUUAUUUAAUUUUUUCUCGUCCUCAACAACACGUUGGGACAUUUUAAUGAAAUGCCUAAAAUUGUCACUUAAAAGUUUUUCUGAUACAAGGUGGUCAUCAAAGGCCAGUGCAAUAAAGGUGCUAAUCAAUAGAAUGACUAACACGCCAAAUUAA